AAAAAAGUGCGAACCUCUUUUAUAUGUGGAAGCAGAGAGAACCUUCCUUUUAAAGCUUAUAACAGAUUUUAUGUGGAAACACAAGCACCGCCUUCCUUCUCUCCCUCUCGCUCUUUUACCUCUCAAUCUAUCUAUGUAACUCUGUUUCCGAUUAACAAAAGAUGUCCAAUAACGAAGAGCCUGUGGAGGAAACAAAUGGGGAUUCAUUUCACAUAGUGAAGCAGGGUUUGAAAGAUCGAUCUAAGAAAGUGGCUCAAACCAAAGAGAUUUUGUCGAAACAAGCGGUUCAGACCAGAGAGAUCCUCUCAAAACAGGCUGUUAAGAUCGCCAAACAAGCUGAAGAACACGAAAAGUUCAUCAACAAGGUGACGCAUCUUGUGGGGGUCCUCGGGUUUGGUGGCUUUUGCUUUCUCUUAGGAGCAAGACCCCAAGAUAUUCGAUAUGUAUAUUGUUUGUUCUAUGUAAUCUUUGUUCCUCUUCGGUGGAUAUACUAUCGGUUCAAGAAAUGGCACUACUAUCUUUUGGAUUUUUGCUACUAUGCCAAUACGAUCUUUUUGGUUGACCUCCUUCUUUAUCCAAGGAAUGAAAAGUUUUUCAUGGUUUGCUUCUCAUUUGCUGAGGGGCCAUUAGCAUGGGCAUUGAUUGUUUGGCGUUGUAGCUUGGUGUUUAGUUCUCUUGACAAAAUAGUUAGUGUCCUCAUACAUCUUUUACCUGGGUUAGUUUUCUUCACCAUUCGAUGGUGGGAUCCAGCUACUUUUGCAGCCAUGCAUCCAGAAGGAACUUCUCGCAGAGCUUCGUGGCCUUAUGUAGAAGACAAAUCCUACCUUUGGGUGUGGUUGUUUUGGGUGCCCUUGUUUGCUUACACCUUAUGGCAGGCUUUGUAUUUUCUCAUUGUCAAUGUUUUACGCCGACAAAGGCUCUUAAGAGAUCCUGAAGUCAUGACUUCUUACAGGGAACUGUCAAAGAAGGCGCAGAAAGCAAACAAUGUAUGGUGGCGCCUAAGCGGUUUGCUUGGGGAUCAAAAUCGCUUGCUUAUGUUUAUCCUGCUUCAAGCCGUCUUUACUGUGGCAACCAUGGCGCUGACAGUCCCUAUCUUCUUGUCAUAUGAAUUGCAUGUAGUUUUCCAAAUACUCAAGGUUUCUGCAUCUGUAUGGAAUGGAGGGAGUUUCUUGCUAGAGGUAAUGCCUCGGCAAGUGAUUCUCAAGGAGAAGAAGAAAUUAGAAGUUCAACCAGUGCAAACUGAGCGAGACCAAUCAACGGAUGAUGAUGGAGGGACCAAUAAUUCUGCCGAGGCAUCCAGUCCUAACUAAGAGCUGUUGAAUAUUAUCCAUUUUAGUCAUGACAAAUUACUCAUCUUUUGUUGUUUUCUUAGAACUAGCGUACUUGUAGAACUUUAUAUUUGUUUUGCAGAUCCGUGAGCAAUGAUUUGUUUA